ACCGACCACGUGUUCACGUCCACGUCUGAAAAAAGUUUACGCUCCGGCUGCUCACGUCAGCACGAAAAGGUAAAAGACACCGAAACAGCGAGAGAGAGAGAGAGAGCUGAAAGAUAAAAGAGAAAAAGAGAAGCUCCCAGUACUCUUCUCUCAAAACUGACCAUUUUCUGAUUCUUCGGUUGCUCUUGGCCUUUACCUCUUCAUUUUCUAGAGAAACAAACACAGGUCAAGUUUGAAUGUUUAGCAUAUGAAGAGUGAUGGUAUUUUGAGGUUCAUAGCUACUGGAAAAGAAUGAAAUGGAGAAAAUAUGUGAGUUCUGCACGGCUUUUAGGCCAGUUGUAUACUGCAAGGCCGAUGCAGCACAUCUUUGCCUCUCAUGUGAUGCAAAGGUUCAUUCAGCAAAUGCACUUUCCAACAGACAUCUGCGAACUCUUCUAUGUGAUGCCUGCAGAUAUCGCCCAUCUUGUGUGCGGUGUUUGGAUCAUCAGAUGUUUCUGUGUCGUAGCUGUGACCGCAGCCUGCAUGGUCUCUCUUCCCAACAUCGGAAACGGGCUGUCAGUAGCUACAUGGGAUGCCCAUCUGCUAAAGAUUUUGCAGCACUAUGGGGUUUUGAAUUGAAUGAACUGGACAACAACACUAUUCAGAAUCAUUCUAUCCCCAGUUUACAUGGUUCCUUGAAUCCAAGUGCCACGGAUUUAACUUUCACAGGGCAGUUUUGUUCACAAGGCGGCUCUUCACAUGCAUCUUCAGUGAUUUGUUCAACCUCAGCCUCUAGCGAAGAAUUUGGUGUGGGAUCAAACAGUCAACAAAGUGAGGUGGGCAAAAAUGAAAAGUCUUCAUCGUAUGAUCAGAAUUCACAACUUUCCCAGGAUCCUGGUACUGAUCUCCAGCAAGUCUCCAAUCCACUUCAGGAGCUAAAGCUGGAUCCCGUGCCAUCACCAUUUACUCAACUGGAGAAUUUAUCGUCUACUUCAACCGUUGGGGUUAGCUUGGGUGGAGAAUCCUUUUGGCAAUGGAAAAGUCCAACUCAGUGUGGUCAGUUAUGGCCCCAUAAUAUGUUAGACCUUGGUGUUUGUGAAGACAUUGUUCACCAUGAUUACUUCAAUAUACCUGAUGUUGAUCUGACAUUCCGGAACUUCGAGGAACUCUUUGGAGCUGAUCAAGAUCCAGUCAGAGCAUUGCUUGAUGAAAAAAAUCAGUCAUGCUCCUCUGUAGAGAAGGAUAUUUCCAUUGAUAAAUCAGACAAUGCAAAUGCAAAAGCAAUGGAGGAUGCCUCCGUGCCUUCACCAGCCUACAUCAUUCCAUCUGCUAUGAUGGCGAAAAAUGGUUGUCCUUCUAACCAAAUUCAUGACUUUGCUGGAAGUGUGGAUCCUCUUCGUACAAUUAGAUCAUCUUAUUCGACUAUGUCCUUCGCUAUGUCAAGGUUUAGUGCAGAAAGCACUGGUACUGAAUGUCUUGAUAGCGGAUUUUCCCCGAUUACAAGAGAGGAAGUUUCAUGUUACUCACCUGGAAUAGAGUGUGCAGAUCUGGAAGCUAGAGAAAAUGUUAUGAUGAGGUACAAAGAGAAGAAAAAAGCCAGACUGUAAGUUUCAGAAUUUUCUAUUAAGCCAAGUCUAUUAAAGUAUGUUGAUUUUUUUUUUUUUCAAAAUAUGUGCCCUAAAUUUGGUGGAUUCUGUUAAGUGCUGUAGUUUUUCUACAUUUGUGCUCUGCCUGCUCGCAUACACAUGUCAUGUGAAGAUGGGUCUUACCAUAUCAACCAAUUAUGAUGACAUACUAGUUUAUAUAUCUAUUGACAAUACCAUAUAGUUUCGAGCUAGAAUCUAAUAAAUUCACUAUUACAGUUGCUAGAACCAAUUAUGUGACUGUUUCAUGUUCACUAUGUAAUGCUAUACAUUCCCCUCCUCUGAACAAAUGAUUUCUAGAUUUUGUGAGUACGUGAUGUGUGUGACUUUGACUAAACAAGUCAUGUUGACAGAGUUUUGCCUAAACAAGAUUUAUUUUUUAAACACUGAUUCUCUGAGUCACCAAAAUGGACCGGCAUUCUUAACCUAGCAUUACAUAUGUACUGCAGUUACUGCAGUGUGAUUUAAUAUUAAAGUAAUCUGCCAAAAUUGUAACAGGAGGUAUGCCUGAGGUGACUGCAUUAACUACUGCUAA